AUGUCAACAUAUCAGGCAGUUUGCAUAGUUGUAUCAGCAAACUAUGAUUGCCCACAUUGGGCUAAUGAGAAGAUUCAUGAAUGUGUUAAACCUGUACAGAAUUUUGCCAAAGCACUUGAUCAGAAGGAAUCGACAGUUUCUCCAAAUGUUACUGACCAUAAAUUCGGUAAUGCAAUUUCGAUACCAAAAAUUGGAGGACAAGUUUUUCAAGAACUGUGCAGUUUAAUACGAGACUUUAACAAAUGUGUCGUAGAAAGUCGGGAGCAGUGCCCAAAGCACAUUAUGAUUAGUCUUAUAGAUGCUUCAUACGGGUUUCUUUGCAAUGAAGGAUAUGAAGCAUUUAUGUCAAGUGCUGAGUGCCUAAUAGAACUGGACCAUAAGCCAUCAGUAAAACGCUGUCACGAUGAAGCUCUUGGUGAUAUUGAAAAAGCAAAUGCUGAAGCUGGCAUUACAUUACCUGUAAAGCUCGACCGUAUGUGCGAAGCUCUGAACUUUUUUUCUGGAUGCGUUCGAAUGCCUAUUAGGCACAACUGUGGAGUUGCCGCAUGGGCCGUUAUAUUUCGUGUUCUUCGGGACACGACCAAUGCUUUACUGCCAAACUGCCAGUUUACUGGUCAGUCAAAGAAAUUGUUUUCAACGACUCAAGUAAUGCCGUUCCGUGUCUACAAACCAACUAAUAUUCAAAUUGCUCCAAGAGUUGUUUCAAGCUCAACAGAAAUGGUCUGUUUUCCGGUGAACGACAAAAAGGAAGCAACCGUCUUUGUUCCGAACAGGAAAUCAGAAUAUCGCGCAACACGUACACAAGGAUAUGACCCAAAUUCUAUGUACUAUAAUAACAAGAAGUCGAAGUCUCGUGGAGAAUCACCGCUGCCAGGAAAGCUUGCAGGAGCAGCGGUACGACUUUGCACUGCCGAAGGGAUAGGGAGGAUGAAGGAGGCCAAAAAUAAGGAUGAUGGAAAGUACAACAUUGCUAUCUUUAAUCAUUCUAAAGUUUAG